GCGAGCGAAGGUUCGGGCGGGGCGAGAGGUCGCUGGCGUCGAGGUAGCUGCCAGUACGCGUCCAGCCUGCCGCUGUCAAAAGACGUUUUUCGAUCGGUUUUAGAAAAAUUUGUAUCGCGUUCCCGCAGGGGGAGGAGAGCUAGUCACGACGAAGGCACAGCCCGGGCGUAGCUCGAUUUCGCUGUUAGGAAGCGAAGAAGGCACCUAAGAAAGGCGGACGAAUCGCGCGGGACGAUAUAUAAACGAAGAAGUAUUCGGGAGUGUUUAUGUAUCAAUCAAGCGGCGAGGUGGAGGCAAAGUAGAACCAGAGAGAAUAGAGAGCCAGAGGGAGAAGUGAUAUCAACUCGUAGUUUUUGAAGAAAAAAUAGAAGUGAUCGCGCGACGCCGGUGAACGAUUCGAAGUAUAAAAAAAAAAAAAGAAAGAAAAAAAAAGACGCGUAAGAAGGAAAAACGGCGGAGCGUAUUCCCCCCGUUUGGAUUGUAUAAAAAGUACCAACCCACCUCCUGAGAGACGGGGCUGUGCCGGGGCUUACAAUUCUCAAAGUAUCGAUCAAAUAGUAUCGGAAAACAUUAGUGACCGGGAGUGCGCGAAAAAAAUUCGGAAAAUUUCCUCGUCGCUAUAUCACGGUGAUAUAAUAUAUAUCGCCAAAAACGGUAUAAUACAAGCGAGAACGCAGCGCUACGGGGAUAAUAAUCGAAAUUCAUAAAUCGUCAUUCGGGAAUAAAGCAGGGAGUUAUUAACGACCCGCAAACGCAGUGACACGGUUAAAGGCGAAGGCAGCCAGGCCAUCCGACGGAGUCGAAAGUCCAGGGUGAAUGAAUGUCCGAGAUCCGCGGUGCUGCAGCGGCGCGGUUUAACCACCCUUGGACAUAGGAAGCAGGAGGCGUGCGAGGAGGAAGCCGUUUCAUCGGUCUCCGAGUUCGCGGGGUGGCUUCGAAAUUUCAGGAUCGUCCGGAAAUAGGCGUAAGGGUGGCGGCGUCCCGAGGUGGUCGACGCCGAAGGUAGCUCGGUGGGCCGACGAGUUUUGGGGGGGCGCGAGGGUUGCGUCGUGUCCGAUCGCCGGGGGUGGAAUAACAAGGGGCGGGGGUGGCGUUUGUGAAGGCAACCUGCGGCAAGAUGGGCUGCGCCAUGUCAGCGGAAGAGCGGGCCGCUCUGGCCCGCAGCAAGCAGAUCGAGAAGAAUCUCAAGGAGGAUGGUAUUCAAGCCGCCAAGGACAUCAAGCUCCUGCUUCUCGGAGCUGGAGAGUCCGGCAAGAGUACCAUCGUCAAACAGAUGAAAAUCAUCCACGAGAGCGGAUUCACCCCGGAAGACUUCAAACAGUACAGGCCGGUCGUCUACAGCAAUACGAUACAAUCUCUGGUCGCCAUUCUCAGAGCAAUGCCCAAUCUUAGUAUCGUAUUUUCGACCAACGAACGAGAGACCGAUGCCAAGAUGGUCUUCGACGUUAUUCAACGGAUGGAGGACACCGAGCCGUUCAGCGAAGAGCUACUGGCUGCUAUGAAGAGGCUUUGGGCUGACAACGGGGUCCAAGAGUGUUUCGGGAGGAGUAACGAGUACCAGCUGAACGAUUCGGCUAAAUACUUCCUCGACGAUUUGGACCGGUUAGGUGCCAGGGAGUAUCAACCAACGGAACAGGACAUCCUCAGGACUCGAGUGAAAACCACUGGGAUAGUAGAGGUCCACUUUUCGUUCAAGAACCUCAACUUCAAGUUAUUCGACGUCGGUGGCCAGAGAAGUGAGCGCAAAAAGUGGAUCCAUUGUUUUGAGGACGUAACAGCCAUCAUAUUUUGCGUCGCCAUGUCUGAGUACGAUCAAGUUCUUCACGAGGACGAGACAACGAACCGGAUGCAGGAGAGCUUGAAGCUUUUCGACUCGAUCUGCAACAACAAGUGGUUCACGGACACGUCGAUAAUUCUUUUCUUGAACAAAAAGGAUCUCUUCGAGGAGAAGAUCCGCAAAUCGCCCCUGACCAUAUGCUUCCCCGAAUACGCCGGAGCGCAAGAAUACGGCGAAGCGGCUGCCUACAUCCAGGCACAAUUCGAGGCAAAGAACAAAUCUACUACGAAAGAGAUUUACUGCCAUAUGACAUGCGCCACCGACACAAAUAACAUUCAGUUUGUCUUCGAUGCUGUGACAGACGUGAUUAUAGCUAAUAAUCUUCGCGGCUGCGGUCUCUACUAGCCUAAUUCAAUAACUUAAUACAUCCUAUUUAAACAACCUAUAAUUAUAAGCGUGAAAAAUUGACGAACGAGAAGGGCCGUGAGCUGGAGAAAGAAUGAGAAAGAGGAAAAGAUGGUGACAUCGAGAGCUGCCGUUAGGAAGAAGAAUUGGAAUGAAGAAUUAAGAAAGAAACUAAGUGAAAACAACAAGAAACAAGGAAAAUGGAAAUACGAAAGGAAAAGGAAAAAUAGGAUAGAACGUGAUUAAUUACAACGCUUCUGUAAAACCUGUUUAAAACGGUUUUAAAUCCAACUUUAUCAUUAUAUAUAUUUAACUGUUUUAUAUGUACAGUGGCUCUUAAACGUAUACAUAAUAUACUGUAUGAAUAGGGUAUAUUGAGUACAUACAUUAAUAGAAUCUUACGUAACUAGAGA